CACCGGACAGUGACUUAUGAUAAAGAGAUUUUUAACCUUUAAAACUAAAACACUAAAAUACAUAAUCCAAAGAAGACGGAACAAAAAACAAAAACAGAGCCAGGAAUAAUGUCAGUCUUCCUCUGUUUCCUCUGCCUCUUACCCCUUAUCUUAAUCUUCUUGAAAAAUCUCAAACCAUCGAAAUGGAAGCUUCCUCCAGGCCCAAAGAAGCUUCCGAUCAUCGGGAACUUACACCAACGCCGGGAAUUACAUCCCAGGAACAGUCGGAAUCUUUCCGAAAAGUACGGACCAAUCGUGUUUCUCCGAUACGGAUUCGUCCCCGUGGUCGUGAUCUCGUCAAAAGAAGCAGCAGAGGAAGUUCUCAAGACCCACGAUCUUGAGUGUUGUAGCCGACCAGAGACGGUUGGGACCAGAGCAAUCUCUUACAACUUUAAAGACAUCGGAUUCGCACCGUACGGUGAAGAUUGGAGAACGAUGCGGAAGCUCUCGGUGGUCGAGCUCUUCAGCUCGAAAAAGCUUCAAUCUUUCAGGUAUAUCAGAGAGGAAGAGAACGACUUGUGUGUCAAGAAACUCUCUGAUUUAGCUUCGAGACGAUCUUUGGUGAAUCUUGAGAAAACCCUUUUUACUUUAGUCGGAAGUAUAGUGUGUAGGAUAGGGUUUGGGAUAAAUCUCCGUGAGUGUGAGUUCGUUGAUGAAGAUAGCAUCGAUGAUCUUGUGCACAAGUCUGAAGAUGUCAUAAGGAAUUCUAUCUUCUCUGAUUUCUUUCCCGGAUUAAUGGGUAGGCUCAUCGAGUGGAUCUUCAGUGAGAGGAAGAGAUUGAAUAGACUUUACUCGGAAGUAGACACUUUCUUUCAGAAUAUUCUUGAUGAUCAUCUCAAGCCUGGAAGAGAGAGCUCUGAUAUCAUCGAUGUGAUGAUUGAUAUGAUGAAGAAGCAAGAGAAAGAGGGAGACUCUUUCAAGUUCACCACUGAUCAUCUCAAAGGGAUGAUCUCGGUAAAUCUAUAAUCUUUCAAGAUAAGUGGUUAAAAAUCUUGCAUGCAACACAGUUUGUGACUUUUGUUUUGUUUUACGUCAGGACAUAUUUCUAGCAGGAGUUGGAACAAGCUCCACUACAUUGAUAUGGGCGAUGACCGAGCUGAUCAGAAACCCGAGAGUGAUGAAGAAAGUUCAAGACGAGAUUCGGACAACACUUGGGGACAAGAAGGAGAGAAUCACAGAAGAAGAUUUAAACCAGCUUCACUACUUCAAGCUCAUGGUCAAAGAGAUAUUCAGGUUACAUCCAGCAGCUCCACUUUUGCUCCCAAGAGAGACAUUGUCUCAUGUCAAGAUCCAAGGCUACGAUAUUCCUGCUAAAACACAGAUCAUGAUCAACGCUUACGCGAUUGCACGUGAUCCAAAACUAUGGACAAACCCUGAUGAGUUUAACCCUGAUAGGUUCCUUGACAGCUCCAUAGAUUACAGAGGACUGAACUUUGAGCUAUUACCGUUUGGAUCUGGUAGGAGGAUAUGUCCAGGGAUGACAAUGGGGAUCGCCAUUGUUGAAUUGGGACUAUUGAAUUUGCUUUACUUCUUCGACUGGGGGCUACCAGAGAAGGAAGAAGCCAAGGAGAUCAUCACCGGGAAUGAAGUUGCUCUUGACCUUGUUCAAGUUUUUCUCCACUGAAUGUGUUUUGGUUAUGGAAUGUUUGUACUACACUAAGCUUGAUUCUAAAUUAAUAACAUCUUACAAGUA